AUGACGGAGAUGCUUGCAUUCAUGACACGAGGAGACAAACAGCUGCCCACAUUUGAUUCUAACAAGUUAAGAGUUGUAGCAAAGGUUAAUGAAGAGGCUGGUUUGUCUCCUGGAAACUACACCCAGAAGUAUGCAGAUAAACAGUUCAAACAGCGACUGAAGGUUGAAGAGAGGUCAAAACUUCCCUCAACAAAGAGAAGGCGACUACAGUUAAAACAAGAGAGGAAUGUUACACAAUGUGCAUUGCAGGCAAUUGAGGGUGACACAUAUCAGUCAGAGAUUGGAUUAGCUGAUGAGAUUGACACAAAACAAAUCCCAGAUCCUGUCCCCCGAGGUGUUUUCAAGCCUGUCACCUUGUCCAGUGGAACUCCUUCUCUUUUAAUGUUUGAUUUAGAGACUACAGAUCUGAGAAGACAGAUGCCACAUAUUACACAGCUGGCUGCAGUUGAAAUGGAGACAGGAUCUGUGUAUAAUAAUUAUUUUCUCCCAAAGGUGCCCAUUACAGAAGAAGCAGUGAAUACAACUGGCAUAGUGGUCAAUUCAGAUUUACAGAAAAUGACUGUCCAUGGAAAAGAAGUCGAUGCAGUUCUGGAUUGA